GCGCGAGGGGUGUCGGUGUGGGCUCUUGGAGUCGCCGUGGCGCCGUGACAUUGGCUCGCUGACCGUAGCCUGCCGCUCGCAUCCCGCUAUAAAAGCUCCCCACGCUGCUUCGCCAUGCCCCAGGCCCACCGCUAGCAUCCGCAGUUCCCCCGCGCCCGAGACGCAACCCCGCGCCAGGAGUAAGUUUGUUCUUUUAUCGAUAUGGCGAGGGAGGAGAAUGUCUACAUGGCCAAGCUGGCUGAGCAGGCCGAAAGGUAUGAAGAGAUGGUUGAGUAUAUGGAGAAGGUGGCUAAGACUGUAGAUGUGGAAGAGCUCACUGUUGAGGAGCGUAACCUCUUGUCGGUCGCAUACAAGAAUGUGAUUGGGGCUCGCCGUGCUUCAUGGCGCAUUGUCUCUUCUAUUGAACAGAAGGAGGAGUCCCGUAAGAACGAAGAGCAUGUGAACCUUAUCAAGGAAUACCGUGCGAAGAUCGAGGCUGAACUGAGCAAUAUCUGUGAUGGCAUCCUGAAGCUGCUUGACUCCCACCUAGUGCCUUCUUCUACUGCUGCUGAAUCAAAGGUCUUCUACCUCAAGAUGAAGGGUGACUAUCACAGGUAUCUUGCGGAAUUUAAGACUGGUCCUGAGAGGAAGGAAUCUGCUGAGAGCACGAUGAUGGCCUACAAGGCUGCUCAGGACAUUGCGCUGGCUGAGCUGGCACCUACCCAUCCGAUAAGGCUUGGGCUUGCUCUUAACUUCUCAGUGUUCUAUUAUGAGAUUCUGAACUCCCCAGACAAAGCUUGCAACCUUGCAAAGCAGGCGUUUGAUGAAGCUAUCUCCCAGUUAGACACCCUUGGGGAGGAGUCAUACAAAGAUAGCACUCUGAUCAUGCAGCUCCUUAGGGACAACUUGACCCUUUGGACCUCUGACCUCACGGAGGAUGGUGCUGAUGAGGGCAAAGAAGCCCCGAAAGGUGAGGCUGGUGACGGACAGUAAUCUUGGGAGAGCGCAUAUUGUUCGAGCCCAUUGUUUUAGAUGCUCUAUGCUGUCGAAGCUGAAGCUGUGCCGUGCUAUUAUUGUAGCUGAUUUCCUGUUCCCUCACUUCUUUUUUUAUAUUAGUAGGCUGGUAGUGUUCGAAUUAGUUCCCCAUUGCUUUGUGUUGCCGCUAGUUGGCAUUAAGUCCGUGUGGACUGGUAUUAUUCACUGGAUUUGAGAAGCAUGUCAGUGGUUGCUCUAGCGUUUUAUUGAGUUUUGAAGUCAUCUCCCUCAUUUCGGUUUCAAUCAUUUAGCAGAUUGUGCAUAUGGUUGUGUAAAACACAGUUUUGCACAAUUGCACAAUUUACGUAGUGUGGUUUGAAAUAAGAGUGAGAUUUGGGCUGGAUGUGCGGUUGGCUGUUUGAAUCUGCUCUUUAGGGCCUGUUUGGU